GACAGUGACCCGCAGGGCGCGGACACAGUACCCGUGGUAACGCACGUGGGCUAGUCCUGAUUGCAGUCCGUCCGGGGACCACUUGACACUUAACCCGUUUAGAGCGCUUCACGCUCCGAAUCUCAUCGGACCCUUUGCCACAGCCCUGCCCAGGGCCACAGAUGCCCCCGUUUCACACAUGAAGAAGCAGCCCAGGCUCAGACGGGCGUCAAGCCCGGGAGAAGGUUGCCGGGGGAACGAGUGACAGUGUCUGGACUAAAACCCGACCCUCUGCGGCGGGCGGCUCCAGAGCUCCUCCCCUGACCCUCCCUCCUCCACGCCGCCCCCGGCGUUGCCUGCCGCCACGCGCCUCGCCGCCACUGCAGAGACGCGGCUCCGGUCCCGCUCGCCUCCGCUGCGGGCCUCGAGGACGCGGGGUCCCGGCCCCCCGCUGGCCGCGCCGCUGCUGACCGGUUUUCCCAUCCUGUCAGGCGGGCACGGCCCACAGCGCCCCCACCAGGCACCAUGGACUGGAAGACGCUCCAGGCCCUACUGAGCGGGGUGAACAAGUACUCCACAGCCUUCGGACGCAUCUGGCUGUCGGUGGUGUUCGUCUUCCGCGUGCUGGUGUACGUGGUGGCUGCAGAGCGCGUGUGGGGGGACGAGCAGAAGGACUUUGACUGCAACACUAAGCAGCCAGGCUGCACCAACGUCUGCUACGACGAGUUCUUCCCCAUCUCCAACAUCCGCCUCUGGGCCCUGCAGCUCAUCUUCGUCACGUGCCCGUCGCUGCUGGUCAUCCUGCACGUGGCCUACCGCGAGGAGCGGGAGAGGCGUCACCGCGAGAAACACGGCGACCAGUGCGCCAAGCUGUACGACAACGCGGGCAAGAAGCACGGUGGCCUCUGGUGGACCUACCUGUUCAGCCUCAUCUUCAAGCUCCUCAUCGAAUUCCUCUUCCUCUACUUGCUGCACACUCUCUGGUACGGCUUCAGCAUGCCCCGCCUGGUCCAGUGCGCCAACGUGGCCCCCUGCCCCAACAUCGUGGACUGCUACAUCGCCCGGCCCACCGAGAAGAAGCUCUUCACCUACUUCAUGGUGGGCGCCUCCGCCGUCUGCAUCGUGCUCACCUUCUGCGAGAUCUGCUACCUCAUCUUCCACAGGGUCGUGCGAAGCCUUCCCAGAAAGAGCGGCCUCCGGGGCCGCGGCCCCCCGUCCUCCGCCAGCCAGGCCUCCACCUGCCGCUGCCACCACAAGCUGGUGGAGGCCGGGGAGUUGGGCCCGGAUUCCAGCGACGACAAGAUACGUGCUUCGGCACCCAACAUGACCCCCAUCUGACCACGGGCUGGGGAGCGAUCCUGGGCUGCCCGUGGGGACAGGCAGGGAGGUAUUGUGCCGGUGGAGGGGUCCUCCCGGGGCUGGGGGGCCCCACUCUGAAUUCACUACGCUAUUCAAUUUCACCUUUAGUAGAUUGUUUUGAGCGCUGGGCACUGUGCUGUCUGUCUGGUAUAGGUCACACCACAGGCCCACUGGCAGCCCUCCUGGGAGAAAGACAAGCAAAUUAACUACUGCCUGCAAGGGGACACUUAGAGGACUCCGCUGGGCUUCACCUAAGCCAGGAGGGGAUGAUGGGGAGAGGCUUCCCUGAGGGAGGAAUGUUUAAGAGAGGUGAGAAGUGCUUCCUAGCACACAAAAGCAGGUGCAGAGGCCUGGAGGCCACAAAGGGAAAGAUGCUUGCCCUGGGUCUGGUGAGAUGUACCAGACCAAAGGGAAUCUUCAUUCCUUCGGGAGAAGCACCCAGAUUCCUGGGAUGGAAAGGAAGUAUCCUCCCAGCAGUGGAGGUCUGGAGGCUGAGAGUGAGCCUGGGAAGAGGAGGGGUAAGCUCUGGUGACACCAACCCCGGCUUGAGACACCCAGAGAUCCUCUGGGUCACCACUGCCCUUUGGGAACCCGCCCCCCAUCUUAUUCCUCCACCCUCAGGCAGCUUUGCUCCCAUCUUCCUCCCACAAGUGUACUCAGUCUGUUGCCAGCCUUUCAGACCCUACUCUCAGGGACUUGAGGUGGAUGUGCUGAUAGGAACAUCCCCAAGGCAAUUUCUUUGAAAUCAAUAAAGGCUGUCUUUUAUA